CCAAGAAAGCCGCGCACGGCACGUAAGUCCAUCGACAAGGAGGCAAGUCCCGCGGGUAUGUCCGAUGUGGAGGAUUUCGGUGAUGGCGAUGACAGAGAGGAUAGCGUUGAUCUUGAUGAGGCUGACGAGCCAGUUAAGAAGGGCAAAAAGAAAGCGCCACCCAAGAAGAAGGAGAAAAAGGAGAAGUCACCGAGUCCAAAAUUGACCUUGAAAUUAGAGAUUGGCGGAGGCCAAAAAGCAAGCAAAAAAAUGUUUGAGCAGCAGCAGGCCCAAGCUGGGCCCAAGCCGCCGCCCAAGAAGAGCAAGAUGGUGCUGCAAAUGGAAGAGCAGGCUCGUGCAGCUGCCAAAGCCGCCGAGGAGGAGGCCAAUCGUGCAAAGCCUAAGGGUGAGACCUUUGAGGAGCGCCAGAAGCGACUCAAAGAGGAAAAAGAGGAGCAGGAUCGUCUGGAGGCCGAGCAACGAGCAAUAGAAGAGGCUGAAGCCGAAGCGGAGGCCGAAGAUGAAAUUAACGAGGAUGAGGAUGCUACCGCCUCCUAUAUGGACGAUGAUCUGGGCACCGAAGCUGCUGAGGGCGAGUACAACGAGGAGGAGCCUGAGGACGAAGAGAAUGAAGAUGACGAGGUGGCCGACCUGCCCGAAAAGCGACGAGGCAGCGACUCAUCUGACGAUUUUGUGCGUCCUGAUCCAAUGGAGGACGAGCGUUGGCAGCGCAUUGCCGCCGUCGAGGGCGAGGAGUUCAUGCAGCAGAUGCGCAAAUACAGCAUUGCCAAACGUACCAGCGAAAAGGAACGUGACGCCGACUGGCAGCGUCGCCGUGAACAGGCACGUCUUCCUAAGUUUAUCAAUUUUCUGCAAGACCGGACCGCGCAGGCGGGCCAAAGUGUCCGCAUGGCUGUUGCUGUCGAUGGGCCAGAGUUGUCCUGCAAGUGGUUCAAGGAUGGCAAGCAGCUGGAGCGCGACAGCAAUCAUCGCCUUAUCAAUAACAAUAACAUUUUAAUCAUGGAGGUGGUCAGUACCAGCAUACUGGACUCGGGUGAAUACUCUUGUACCAUAAGCAAUCAAAACGAUGAGGUGACCAGCUCAUGCAUCGUUACCAUUUACGAAGUGUUCAAGGACGAACCCAAGCCACCCUCCAUACAGUAUAUCAAAGGAUAUUAUCAUUUGCGCGAUGAUGAGCUGACUAUUGAAUGCCACGUGCAUGGUGUACCGCGCCCACAUGUUACCUGGUGGCGUGGAGCUUUUCAGGUCACGCCCAGCUACAAGUUUACUAUACUAGAGGAGGGUCAUGGCGUAUGUAAGCUGUUAAUCUACAAGCCCGGCAAUAGGGACAGCGGUACCUAUACCCUCAAAGCUAUUAAUUCGUUCGGCGAGGCGCAGAUUAAUCACACCGUGGAAGUGGGCAAGAAUCUGCAUUACCAUGUGCCUGGUAUCUUCCAUGCGCGUGACAAGAUUCAGCUAGACAGCUUAAAGCAAGCACGCAAGUCAAUGGAUGCAGCGCUCAAGUCAAAGGCCGAGUCGGAUCAGCGCCGUGCGGAGGUAGAGGCCGAACAGCAGCGCAUACAAGCGGCGCGUGCCCCGCCAGAGCCUCUUGUGCCUGCCAAGCAAAAGCUGCAGUUUGCUACACAGCUCCGUGAUCGAAUGGCCUUGGAGGGCACCACGGCAAAGUUCGCUGCGACUGUCAUUGGACCCUCGCCGAAUACACGCUGGAUGAAGGACGACGAGUGGCUCAAGAUGAGCGAUCAUAUUAAGAAUCUUUCAGAGGAGGGCAAGGCCAUUAUACAGAUUGAGAAUGUAACACAGGCGGAUACAGGCGUCUACAAGUGUGUGGCCAAGAACGAUCUCAGCGAAAUUGAAACCUCUUGCUACUUCAAGGUGUACACUGCUCAGGCCGAUGGCGAUGAGUCCGAGCCCAUUUUUGCAUUGCCCCUGCGAGAUGUUUACCACUCCUCCCAAAAUGAUUUAAUACUCGAUACGAAGGUGCGCGGCAACCCGCGUCCCGAAAUCAGUUGGACGAAAGAUCAAAUACCCAUUGUACUCGAUGAUCGUGUGGUGCAAAUUGAGCACUUGGAUGGCAUGUGCGAGCUGAUCAUCAAUAAGCCCAGCGAGAAAGACAACGGCAUCUACGUCUGCAGCGCCAAAAACAAACUGGGCAGUCAGUCGACCACCCACACGGUUGUUGUUGACACCACGCACACGUCGCGUCGCUCGAGCAUACUCUCUGCCAUAGCUAUGCAGGAAGAGUCAGCUGCUGCCGCCGCUGCGGCGGAUGGUGAGGCUCCCAAGGGCAAGGCCAAGCGUUUGCCGAAGCCAGAGGAACCGGCGGCCGAUUCUGGAGGCGGCUAUGAGCGUCGCAGUCGCAUGCCCGAUCCGUCGCCCAAGCAAAUGCUCUACUUUACGGUCAACUUGUCAAAUCGCUAUGUAGCUGAGGGCUCCAAGGUCAAGUUGCAGGCAGUCAUUGGUGGUCCCGAGCCCACAAUAAAAUGGCAGAAGGAUGAUCAAAAUGUCCAGUAUGGGCCACGCAUCAGGAACAUGAAUCGCGACAGUUUGGCUGUGUUGGAGUUUGUCAAUGCAAUGCCGGAGGACUCUGGCACGUAUACGAUAACCGCGCAGAAUGAAUUCUGUAAGAUCACCACCUCGGCCUUGUUGCAUGUCUAUCAGCCCAAGGUCAACACCGAUGUGCAGCCCGUGUUUAUUCGCUCGCUGAAAGAGACCUAUCAUCUCAACUCGAACGAGCUAAUUUUGGAGACAGCGGUGCGUGGUCAGCCCACGCCACAAGUGCAGUGGUUCAAGGACAGCAUUGAGAUACAGAGUGGAGAUCGUUAUCAACUGCUGGAGCAUCAAGAUGGCACUUGUGAGCUCAUCAUAGAUCGCCCCGAUAACAAGGAUUCGGGCAAGUAUGUGGUCAAGGCAGAAAGUCGUGCCGGAAAAAUGGAAAUCUCACACUAUGUGCUCUUCGAGGGCAAGGCAUCGCACAUAGCAGAAAAUAUACAUGGCGUCUUCCAUGCUGACAAGAGUCUUAUGCGACCCAAGGAGCAGGAGAAACCAGCCGCGCCCCCGAAACCAGCUGCUGCUGAGGCGGAGGAGGACAAGAGCAAGCGUCGUGGUCGCAAGGAAGAGGACGAGGGUGCCUCCUCCGCCACGGAUUACGCCUCGGAUACGGCAAGCAUGUCCAGCAAGCGUCGCGAGAAGAACAUUGGCAUACACUUUAGCACCUCCAUGCGUGAUCGUGUUGUCGCCGACGGCAGCAAGGUAAAGAUAUCCUGCUUUUUGGAGGCCAAGGAGCCGCAGGUCAAGUGGUUCAAGAACGAAGAGCCGAUACAAAACUCACCUAAGAUUCGUGGACGCUACAGCGAAGGUCUCUGUCUGUUGGAGAUUCAGAGCGCCACAGCUGAGGACAACGGCGAAUAUAAGUGCUGGGCGCGCGAUGAAACCGGGGAGGCCUACACUUCAUGCAAGCUGGAAGUGUACGAGGAUCCCGGUACGGGUGAUGUGCCGCCCACAUUCACGCGUAACAUCAAGGACACCAUGCACGGCAAGAUCAAUGAACUGCAGCUGGAUGUUCAUGUGCGUGGCUUGCCUACACCGGCGGUGUCCUGGUACAAGGAUAGCGUCAAGGUGGAAAACAGCGAGAAGUAUCAGCAGGUGGAUCACGAUGACGGCACCUGUGAGCUGUUCAUUAGUAAGCCCAAGCCGGCAGAUAGCGGAAAGUAUGUUUGCCAGGCUGAGAAUCGCGAGGGCAAAACAGAAAUAGUGCACAUGGUCACCGUCGAGCCGCGUCAUCGCAUACCACGCCCACUGUCGCCUUCCAGAGUCAAGGUCGAGGAUGGAGCUGAGGGUGAGGGCGAAGGCGGCGGCGAGCGACGCGUGCGUAAGCCGAAGCCAGAUGAGGAGGAGCCUACAGCCUCUAGGCGAGAAGUGCCACCACCACCUGAUCUAAGGAAGCGUCUCUAUUUCCGUAACUACCUAUCCAAUCGCACUGUCAAAACUGGCAGCAAUGUCAAGUGGAUGGUCAAUAUUGAUGGCCCUGAGCCUACAGCCAAGUGGUUCCAUGGGGAUCAGCCCAUUGCCUUUGGCCCCCAUAGCAAAAUGUCCAUGCAGGAUGGCAUCGCCUGGCUCAAUUUGGUGGGUGUAACCGAUGAGGAUGCGGGCGAGUAUACGCUGCGUGUUCGCGGCUCCGAGAAUGAAAUCGUUAGCACUUGCAAUCUGUUUGUCUAUAGCACGGGUAAAGUUGAGAUAGUGCCGCCCACUUUCACGGUGGGCAUCAAAGACACUUAUUCUCUUAACGAGAAUGAGUUGGUUUUGGAUUGUCGUGUGCGCGGCCAGCCACGUCCAACGAUUCAGUGGAUGAAGGGCACAGAGGACAUAACCAAUGAUGCCAAGUAUCUGCAGAUUGAUCAGACAGAUGGCUACUCCAAGUUGAUCAUACGCAACCCAACCGAGAAGGACUCGGGUGUGUAUGCCUGCAUUGCCAGCAAUGAGGGCGCUCAGAACAAGAUGACGCAUCAGGUGGACUUUGUGGGUCGCGAAAAGUUUACACUGGAGAAGACACAUGGCUUCUUCCAUCGCGAUCCCAACAAGCCGCACUUCCUUACCCCACUCGGCAACCAAACGGUCUGCAAUGGCGGCACCGUUGCCAUCUCGGCCGAGUUUAUGCAGUGCAGCACGCCCAUUGAGGUGAAAUGGUAUCGCGAUCGCCGCACUGUCGACGGACCCAAUGUGCGCACUUUGAGCGACAAGGGCGUCUACACGCUGGCCAUUAUGAAUGCGGGCGCCGAGCAUGAGGGCACCUACACCUGCCUGGCCUCCAACGCCUUUGGCCGUAUAGAAACCCAUGCAAACAUCGAUGUAGCAGUUGGCGUAGAAAAGGACGUACGUCCACCACUGUUCUUGUCCAGGCCCGAAACGGAUAUGAAAAUUGCCGUGGGUGAUCCAUUCUCCAUUUCCUUCCGCAUUGCGGGCGAUCCCAAGCCGAAGCUUGUUUUCAUGAAGGGCACCAAGGACAUCACCCAGUCGGAUCGCGUCAGCAAAGAGGUAUCCGAUGAUUAUACCAGAUUCACAGUGCAAAAGUCGCAGAUCUCCGACUCCGGCACCUAUUUCGUUGUGGCACGCAACGACUUUGGCACGGACAGAAUAUUCGUUACCAUUUUGAUUAAAACGCCCAAAAAGAAAGAAUAAAGCUUAUCAUAUUAGGUUUAUAAACCAUAUCAUAUAGUAACUAAAUUUUGCGCAAACUUUAAAAAAACCGCCUCCCUUAUAAAAAAAAAAAGAAAAUGAUGAAAAGCUACUAUUAAUUCCAAGUCAACUUAAAACCCGACUUCCGACUCUCUACAAUGUGUUCAUAACAAAAUGCAAUAAUAUUUUUCGUUUUGACUACAAACCACAAAUUUUUAGGUGAACCCACGCGCACGCUCUGAAACCCCAACGCAACCACGCUGGGGCCAACCACUGGAAAGUUACAAUGAUGUUUCCUAUUUCAGAGAUUGCUACAACUACAGCUUAUUUUGCCUCCAAUGCCGUUUAACAAGCUUCAGCCGAAAAUCACUUUCCUGCGAAAUUUUAACAGUAAAAAAUUCAGAAACAAUUCUUUUGUAUUUAGUUUAGAGCACACUUUAUUUCAAGAUAACAAAUAUUUUUUAAACGUAACUCGUUCGUAUCUUAAUUAGCGUAUUAUAUUAAAGCAACAGCAAUCCAGCUUAUACAUUUACGUAGUCGACGACAAAAAAAAAA